CCUUUUGCCUGCUUGAUUUCUGUGCAGUUCCGCUCAUGUUUGGUGUGGAUGAUUUCAGUCACCACUACCACUACUAUCAGUACUAUUGCUUCGAUAACCCUCUUGGCUACUGUUAUUAUGGUUAAUUUCUAUUCGCUAAGGAACAGAGCACGAAGCAGCAAGACCGACUGCUAUUGCAAUUAAUAUAGCAUUGAAAGCACGGCAUAACGACAUACAGCUAGCUAUCAUAGUCAGCUCUUGUGGGAAUGAAAACUGUAUAGUGUUUCUGUCUGCCUCAUUUCAGCUCGAACAGCUUUUUGCCUCAACUCACAUUGUCGCUCAAACAGCAAUUGCGAUAGCAACAGAGAGGACGAUUCUUGAAUAAGGGCUUAAAGGAAUUCUUAUCAUCGAAGACAGGCAACCCUUUCAAUCACCAGUUUCAUAAGCGACCAAAAAUUAAUCACACGGUGUACAGCAAGUCGCGAGCCGCACAAUUGACCCUUGGAAUAUGUCGGUCGGCAACGAGAGUAAUAAUAAGCCUGAUAGCACGAGUUGCGACAACGAAGAGAUAAAACGAGAUAGAAUGGAUAUCGAUUUGGAAAAGGGUGGUGAUUCGGCGAGUCAGUCGACAUCCUCUGGCGCUAAAGAAGCUCUGGUAGAUGAACGGGAAGACUCCGUGUUUUCGAGAGACGGCGAACAAAUGGACUCGUGUGACAUCGGUAUCGUUGCCAAAAGUCCUGGAAGUAACCAUGAGUUGAAAGCCGAUGAGGUUGUACAAGAGGAAGAAGAUAUGGAAGCUGAAGAAAAUGUGGAAAAUACGACCCCGGGGCAUAAACGUGGCCGCGGGCGCCCACCGAAAGCAGGUAAUGAGCGCCGCCAACGUCGUCCCCGAGCCAGAGAUCACAAUGCACCGAAAGCUCCUAUAAACGGUUAUGUCCGCUUUCUCAACGAAAACCGCGAAAGAUGUCGAAGAAAUAAUCCAGACGCCGCUUUCUCAAAUAUAACCAAACUACUCGCCCACGAGUGGAGCGCACUCAAGCAGGAAGAGAAACAGAAAUAUCUCGAUGCGGCGGAGCGUGACCGAGAGCGAUACGCGAAAGAGGUUGAGGAAUAUCAGCGGACGGAUGCCUACAAGCAGUUCCGUCGGCAGCUCGCGGAGGAAGAUGCUGCGAAAAGGCACUGUCAACAAUUCGAGGUUCAAGCUGCACGCGAAGGGGAUCAAAGGCGAAGGCAGCAACUCAAAGCUAACAAUGGGACAGCGACCUCGGCACUUCCUAUGGGAGCCACCGCUACCGGAGCUGCGAUGGGACAUCCUAACAACAAUAGUAAUAAUGGAGAAAACAAUAAGUACCCAUUUAAAAUGGGUGGACCGGUUAGUCUGAAGCCAAAGGUAGUUGUAAAGCCAGAAGAAGUUAUCUGUGGAGUUGGAGCGUCAAUGAUGAUGGGUCGAGAAGUAUCUCCUCCAGCCCCUAUCCCCAAUAUACGACAUAACCCUGAAGAUACGACCUUCGAUAUACCCAUAUUUACUGAAGAGUUCCUUGACCAUAAUAAAGCUCGAGAGGCCGAAAUGCGUGCACUUCGGAAGUCUCAUACUGAACUGGAGGAGCACAAUGCAGUUCUUGCAAAGCACAUCGAUUCAUUUAAGGACGCUAUAGGCCGACUGGAGGCUGAAGUAGAGACUCAUCGGAAUUCAAAUAAGGCCAUGCAAAUUUACCUUGACAAAUUAAGAGCCACGCUCGCUCAGGCCUUUCAACAGGUAACAGUUCCGGGCUGGGAAUUCGGCGCUCCGACAGUCGAGAACGUUGAUGCAUUUUUGCAAUACGCGCUCGGUCUAAUUCAGUCUUCGCCCAGAGAACAUGAUAAAUUGCUGCACAAUAUCCGUUCUGUGGUCGGAAAUAUAGAAGAAACUCUUAGGGAUCUUUAAUGAGUGAUUUGGAAUUUGCUUGGCAAUUUGAAUACGCGAGGAAGUCAUGUGGCGAUAUUAAGAGGUUUCGUCGAAACCACACAAACGAUUCGUUCGUUGAUGGAAGUUCGUGAGCACAUGACAAGAGCGUGAAGUGAGUACUUGAGGUGAAAUUUAAGCCUGAUUGAAUCUAAUGUGUUUGUUAUUUGAAUUGAUAAAAUAGAGUACGCAUUGAAAGGCGUGACUAAGUUGAAACAAAGGCAUUGAGUCAAUUGUGAGUCAUUAGUAUUAAAUACAUUAUAAUCUCAUAGUUCAGAGUGGACCUGUAUAAAGGCGCAAGGUAUAUAUAUAUAUAUAUAUCGAUACACGGCUAUUUGAUAGGUAAUGGCUGUGGACGCAGGGUAGUAUUCGAGUGAAUUUACCGGCUCAAUACACAUAAUUUACAAAGCAAAUCAACAUUUUAGAUGUAACUCGACAAGUUUUUGCCGAAUGUAUAUUUUGAUAAUAAUAAUAAUAAGCAUUAGUAUCGAAUCGAAUAAUAUUGCCGUCUAACUUUACCAUAUAUUUGUGCUACCUAACGAAUAUGUUUUCACAACCUAGUAUCUAAAAAUAUAUAAUAUUUUAGAUCAAUGAUUAUAUUUUUUGGUAAACAUAAAUUAGUAUAUAAGUAAGCAUAUAUCUGAAAAGUUGACAUUGAGCCAAAAACAGUCCAAUGAAUUACUACAGUAAUGUAUUACUUAGUGUUCGUGCUGGAAAACGGCACAAAACGUAUUCCAUUUGAUAGAAAAUAUCCCAUACAUAGACGAUUCACAAUAGUAAUAAUCAUUAAGCGAUUAUUUAUUGAUCAUCA